ACUCGGAGACGGAGACUGCGAUGUGAAUUCCUUAGCCGAAGUCCUCAAUUUUGCUUUGCUUCUUCAGAGGCAAGCAAAGCAAGAUAGGCAAAGGAAUUGUUAAAGAGAAUCAUGGCGACUUCAAUCUUCCCUCGUCCCUAUUGUCUGAAGCUAACGUCACCGUCUCCCUGCAAAGCCAAAACUCGUGGUGGCUUUCAACCUCGACGGCCCUUUUCAAUCCCUUGUGCCGCGACCUCGGACCCCUUUGUCCUUCAAAUUGCAGAAACCCUGGAAGAUUCUAUCUCAAACCUCUCUUCUUCUUCUUCUUCUUCUUCCUCACUACCUCCAGCCCUCCAGAAGCUCCGAGAUAGCUCUGCUGAGUCCGUCCUCUCCAUUUCUUGGCCUUCUCGCAAAGACGAACCUUUUCGCUUCAUUGAUACUUCUUUAAUCAGAUAUUCCCAAAUUCAUCCUGUUUCUGUCCCUCCCCUUUCCGAUGACCUAAUUGGCAUCUCCUCAGAUUCCCAAUUCCCCAAUCUUGUCAUCGUCGAUGGUCAUAUUAUCCCCUCCGCCUCCGAACUCUAUGGAUUGCCGGACGGCGUUUAUGUCGGCAGCAUUUUAAACAUCUCCUCGGAGACUAUCAUGAAGAGGGUGCUCGAGUUUGUCUCUGGUUUCCACGAAGGAGACCUCUUUUGGUCUCUGAAUGGGAUUGGAGCUCCGGAUGUUACUGUUGUGUUUGUUCCUGCAGGGUGUCGGGUUGAGAAUCCCCUACAUUUGAGGUUUUAUUCUCGUGAAGGAGGGGACACUGGGUCGAACCAGCUACCUUUGUCGAAUCCCAGGGUACUGGUGUUGGUGGAGAAGGGAGGGGAAAUUGGGAUAAUUGAGGAGUAUUCGGGUGUGGAUGGAGAUAAGCAGUAUUGGGCUAAUUCUGUUACCGAGUUGGUCGUUGGAGAAGGGGCAAAAGUUCAUCAUUCUUACAUUCAGGAACAGUCUGCGAUUGCUGCCCAUAUCAAAUGGACCAUCGUUCGACAGGAAACAAAUAGUACCUAUGAGCUUGUAGAGAUAAGCACCGGUGCAAAAUUGAGCAGACAUAACCUCCAUGUUCAGCAAGGGGGGCCAGACACUGUAACAGAGUUGUCAACACUCCACUUAUCUGUAACUGAUCAAACACAAGAUCUGCAUAGCAGAUUAGUCUUGGAUCAUCCUAGAGGCUACUCACGACAACUUCACAAGUGUAUCGUGGCUCAUUCAUCUGGGCAAGCUGUGUUCGAUGGGACCAUAAAGGUCAACAGAUAUGCACAAGAAACAGACGCUGGACAACUAACAAGGAGUCUUCUUCUAGAGCCUCGUGCAACUGUGAAUUUAAAACCUAACCUUCAGAUCAUUGCUGAUGAUGUCAAGUGCUCCCAUGGUGCUGCAAUAAGUGACCUCGAAAAAGGCCAGCUGUUCUACUUCCUUGCUCGCGGUAUUGAUUUACAGACAGCAAGAAAGGCUCUUGUCUUCUCCUUCGGAGCUGAGGUGAUAGAGCAUUUGCCUUACAGCUCCCUUAAAAAGAAAGUGGGGAGCCAUGUCCAAUGGUUGCUGGAACCUGCACGUGAAGGAGUCCCACAGUGAGAUUGUUGUCAAAGUUUCAAAUCAUAGUGAGCCAUUUUGUUACAAUUUUUUUGUCAUAACAAAAUAUACCUCACGAAAAUCAAGGUUU